AGGAAAUGAACAGGAAGAGACUCAAAGCUCACUGCUGUGGCUGUGAUGUAGGCACAGGAAGAUGAUUUGAGGAAAUAUGCUAAGAAUCUGAUGAGACGGGAAGAGUAAUUUGUCUUGCUGAAGUAAAAAUAAUGGAGUCCUCUAGAUAGAGGCCACAGUACAGCCCGUUGGCUUUCCUAACGUGAUGAAGACUCGGUGGAGAAAUGAGUUUCAAGUUUGGUUUAUUUGUCACAUACACAUGACCUAUUGCUGCUUGAAUAUACAUGGGUUAAAAUUGAAAUGACUUCUUCAGUUGUCAUUGCUGUGUUUGGACAUAUAAUGAGUGAAUUCUGGAAGAUCAUCAUGAUCCCCAAAAGGCAUAAUACUGAGACAUACAAAGAUCUGCUAAGCCAUCUCUUUAAAACGGUUCUGAUGUUAACAUUUCACCCAUUUCCUGUUUUGGAGGCUUUCCACGUCUACAAGAUUAAACUGAAUGCCUAUUCCUGUUACAUUCUUUAACUGGGUCAGGUUGUGUAACCUAGCAUUUUAGUCACUCAUCAAAGGGAUGACUUUAUUUGACAGUACUUAUGUAUUGAGUAUUUUGAGGUAUUUUUCAUCUGUAAAAAAUGAAUGAGGUUACAUGUCCCAUUGUAAGAACAUAUCAUGGAAUCUCCACAUGACCAACAAAUCGUGUGACGAAACGUUUCAGAAGCAACUGUUACCUCCCAUCUAUGGCAUAGAGAUGUGCGUGGCUCUGGCAGGGAACAUAUUUGCACUGUGGCUGCUUGUGACGAAAGAGAGGAGAAACUGGCAUACGGGGGUGGUGUUCUCCUGCAACCUGGCCAUCAGUGACAUUCUUUAUUCGCUGACCCUCCCACUUCUCAUCGACUACUACUCAAAUGAAAAGAGGUGGAAAUUCGGGUCCCCCGCCUGCAAAAUAGAGCGUUACCUUUUCACCUGCAACCUGUACGUCAGCAUGUUCUUCAUCAUGUGCAUCAGCAUCAACAGGUACCUGGCCAUCGUUCAUCCGUUCUUCACACGCAAGAGCGUGCGUCCAAGACACGCCAAGAUUGCCAGUGUGCUCGUCUGGGUCACCGUGGCCGUCAUCUCGGCCCCGGUCCUCUGGUUCGCAGGGGUCCGAGAAACAGGGGUUACAAGAAAGGGGUUAAAGUGCUUCACAUAUACAAAUGCGAAACCGAAACAAAAGCUUAUCUUCAGUCUUUUUAUUGCUACUAUAGGGUGCCUAGUGCCAUUCCUGGUCACCAUUGCGUCAUACAUUGGUGUGAUACGGGUGGUUUUAAAAAAUAGGAAUAUCACCAUGUUGGAGAAGAGAAAAGUGGCGCUGAUUGUGGCUUUAGUCUGCAUACUGUAUCUCAUUUCUUUUGUGCCCUAUCAUAUUCUACAUAUAUGUAAUUUCCAUAUGAAAAGAAGCUGUUUUGUGUACAAGGCAUACCAAGUGUCAAGAGGGCUGGCCAGCCUGAACAUGUGCUUACAUCCUAUACUGUACAUGGCUGUGUUUGAUAGUAUUAGGACCGCUUGCUGUAGGAGGAAUUCAAAUGAAUCUUUUAACAUGCAAACCCAGCAAUCUAGUCCCUGAUGUCUUAUGUCCACUUACAGAAGUUUACUCUGACAUGUUCGUAUAGAUUUGUAUACCUAUUUCAUUGCAAUUUGGUAGCGUAGAUAAGAUUACAGUGUGGCAAAAUUGCACAUAAUAAAGUCUGUACGAAGAUGUAAAACAAAUAAAUAAAUAAAUAUGGUCUGAAUAAA